AUGAUUCCAUCUAACGUACGAACCUUGAAUGAACGAGACGAUAUAUCAUUUUUACGUAAUCCUGCUGAUCUUCGUACAAUAACUUUACGAUCCUAUGAUCAAUACUCUUUUCAUAAUAUUAGCUCGGCUUUUUGCAUAAAAAUUCCAACUUAUCGUAUUAUUGAAACAAAUUGUCUGGAUAUACUAAAUGACUGUUUGUUUACAACGAAUCUUCGUUCCAUUCAUAUUCGCUUAUAUUUUUCCUUGAAAAUCCCUAUCAUGGAUUGGAAUUCAUUGCAUACACUUUCAGUUCUUCAAUUAUUGAAAUCAUUGCAUCUAACUGUGUAUGAUCUCGACACAGUGCUCGAAGACAAAGAUUGUCAAGUGAUCGUAAAAAAGAUUGCCAACGCUUACUGA